CUGGCAUUUCGUGAAUUGAAACCUAUUACAAAAGUUAAUUUCUCAUAACGAUUUGUAGAUCAACGAUAAAAGUAAUUACGUUCGGUUGAAUUCUAAUCUAAAUAGAUCUAAAUGCGACGCGAAUGAAUCCGCAUUUGCAGUCUGAAACAGAACACGAAAUAUGGGCGAAACGAAGAGACGUGCGUUAGAGAAAAUCAAAUACUUUGCGCAAAACACCACGAUUCACGGGGUGCCGCUCAUUGCGGCCCCAAGAAUACACCCGUUGGAAAGAUUGUUUUGGGUUCUGAUCGUCGUGGCAGCGAUUUCGGGCGCCGUCGCUGUGGCUCUGAAAAACGUUUCCCGUUACUACGCAAACCCGACGGUCGUUUCACUGCAGAAGGACUUUAGGAAUUGGUUCAAUCCUUUCCCAUCUGCGACAGCUUGCUUCAUCCACAAGGCGGACGACAUUCUCAUAGACGAGUACAUAGAGGAAAAAUGGGGUUUGAACGACACGCAUCCCCGGUACGACUACUAUCGCGACUUUAUCCUGGCCAUAGCCAACAUCUCGUACGGCAACAUGCACGUGCUCGCGAGAUACCGCAACGAUCCGCAGUUGAACGAUUUAGAUUACAUCGAGCUGGCAGCAAGGGUGCAUCCAGAGUUGACCGGCACUUUGGUGACAUUCGAUCCGAACGCCAAGACCGAUUGGAAGUUGGUCAUCACCGAGCUGGGCAUUUGCUUCUCGGUCAACAUCAAAUAUUACAAGUUCUUUACGUUCAAUGUGAAAGGCGUCAACUCAUCAUCAUCAUCACCAUCGGACGAAGAUGAAAUUCUCAAAUGCCAUUAUUUGAACGGCCUGUGCUACGCUCGUUACGAUUCCGAUCCAUUGGCACCCCUAAAAAUUUACAUUCAUUCGUACUACGACAUCGCGCACGCCACCAGCGAGCAGCCUCUGCACGUGAAGGAGAGCGAAGAAUUGGAGAUUAAUUACAGGAUGCAGGAGACGAUAGCGAGCGUGAACCUACGUUACUUGUUGCCCUCGCAGAGGCAGUGCAGGUUCGACGACGAGCCCAUCAACAGCGACAUUCCAGCGUACAGCGCCAGCAUCUGUUACAUCUCCUGCAGAUAUCGCCUGGUGCUGAAAUUGUGCGGAUGCAAGCCUUUCUUUUACAACAACCUACCUGGCAAAGUGUGCGAUCUAAAAGGGAUGCAGUGCGUUGCCAAAUACUCUGAACUGAUUACCGGACCGCCCAUCAAACUGGGAUGCAACUGUCCGCAGCCCUGCGACUUGAUCACGUAUUUACCGCAAGUGCCCAAGAUUACAGUCUGGGAGUAUGGAUAUUUCGAUCAAAGGAUUACGUUUCGUUGGGGUUUGCUACCGCCUACAACAAAGUACCACAGAGACGUCUUGUUCGGUUUCGAAGAUUUAGUCGGUAAAUCGAAAGUUUAUAAAAUAAGAACAGAGAGAAUAAAUAAUGAUAUAAUUAAAUGCAGUUUCGAUCGGUGGAACGUUGGCUCUGUUCCUUGGGGUCAGCUUCAUCAGCGCCACCGAGAUAUGCUACUUCACCGUCGACUUUCUGUGGACGUUACUUUUCCCCAGAUGCAACAAAAAACACGCUGCGAAGAAGAGGCGCAAGAAAAAGUUGGCGACUUACGCUGGGAACAGUAAGGAGCAACUGGUGGCGACGA